UUUUUCAGUUGUUCAUUCGCUGUCGAUCGGCAAGGGACAUUAAUUGCGGCUGCCGGGCGUUAUUUGAAUAUCGUGUGGAAAACAAAUAGAGCUUCAACGAAUUGCAAAUAUUUUUUGUGGGAAAUUCCGAAAAGCUUUUUACAUUAGCCAAACGCUCGCGAUCUCGAUUUGCGAUCUACAAAAAAAUAGACGCGCUGUGACGUAUUAAUUACGUAUACGCCGUGUGCUCGCCGGUUUGCUUGGCGCGCCAAAAAGAAAAACAAAAACAAAACUAAAAACUAAAAACAACAAAAGGAAAAUCUACAUAAAUUCGCUUAAAUGCGCGAUCGUCAUUUGGGCAAAAUGCCGCGUGGAGGAACGACAACAGCGCGAUAUGAGGAGGAUCCGGAUAAUGCCUGGAACUGCUGUUCCUGGUGUGAAUACCUACUGAUUGUCAUACUCUCGACCAUUUUACUGGUGGGCGUAUUGAUACUCACGCUAUUCUGGGUCAUGUUCUAUCGCGGAGGUUUCGCCUGGACGGAGCGACCGCUGCAGCAGUUCAAUUUACAUCCCAUCUUGAUGGUCGCCGGCUUCGUAACGCUCUCCGGAUUUUCUAUUUUAAUUUAUCGACUGUGCCGUUGCGUGAAGCACAUCUAUGUGAAGCUGAUUCACAUGUUCUUUCAUGCCGUUGCGAUACCCUGCAUUGCGCUCGGGUUCCUCUCCGUCUUCGAUUCGCACAACGCAUUGCAAAAGGUUAACUUCUACAGUCUGCACUCGUGGCUGGGCUUCGUGACAAUGGGCAUGUUUCUGCUGCAAUUCGUAAUUGGCUUUUUCACCUUUCUGGUGAUGCUCUGCUGUGAGAACAAGACAUAUAGCUGCCGCUCCGCCAUGGUGCCCAUACACGCCAGCCUGGGUUUGGCCAAUUUCUGGCUGGCGAUUGCCACAUCCGUGUCGGGCAUUAUCGAGAAGGAACGCGAAACUGCCAAGGAUCCAAACUUGAGUGCGGAGAACCAACUGAUUGAGCAUUAUAUAACGAGCGCAAUCGGACUCACCCUGGUCGUGAUCGGCAUCAUUGUCACCUUUGCCGUGCGAAGGACUAACGCGCCGGCAUCCGCCAAAGUCUAUGUCACCGAACGCAUUUAGAUGGGCUACAGCCCAGGCCA